UCUGUAUUUUUAAGAAUUUAUCAAAUAGAAAGAACAACUAAACCAGAGAUUAGGUGGUCAUCUAAAUCAGUCUGACUAAUUCAACAUUUAUCUACUGCAUUAUGCAUGUCUAUUUUAGAUACUAGAGAUAUCUUAAUAUGGCUUCAUCAGCGUAGAAAUAAUCCAUUAAUUCUUGAAGGAGCUGCCUAAGAAAUGGAAAGGGUGGACUGAUAUUUAAUCACUUCUAAAUUUGUCUAUAAAUAGAAGAUACACAUUUGCAUAUGGUAUAAAGCAAGUCAUGCAUACACAAUACCUUUUACAUUCUAAGAAUGAAUAGCAGCCUGAGUCUCUGUCCACGCCUUAGAUUGAUGUUUUCUUUCUUUCAAUCUUCUUUUUCUUCCAUUUUGCUGUGUUUGGUUCUCAACUUCAAAAGCCAAUAGCAAAAUGGCUUCAGUAGUUAUUCCCCUCGCAACUCCUGUUGUGCGGCUUGCACUAACUAAAUUGACCUCUUUUGUCACCACCGAGGUUUCUGCAUUCAAUCAUGUCAAGGAUGAAAUAGAAACGCUGAAGAACACUUUAACAGAAAUUCAAGCUGUGCUUACAAGGUUGGAGGCAGUUCAGCAGAGUUCUUCCAUGGAGUGGUUCAACAGGCUUCGAGUAGCUGCUUAUGAUGCAGAUGAUCUAAUUUACUCCUGGGCGACAAGGUAUCUCCAAUGGAGCAUGAAGAAGGAGGUACAAAUAAUCCAUCUUCCCUUUAGUACUUCAAACUUUCUGUUUCAGUAUCUUCAAUCCCGUAAGUUGAGAAAGAUUAUAGCGACACUAAAUAAGAUUUUGGAAGAUGGACAACGCUAUAAAAACAUUACUGACACUCCCAUGCCUACAACUGGAAAUCCUUCACAAUCACAGCAAACUGGCUCUGUUUCAAGCAGUUUAGUUGUUAGCAGGGAAGAAGAUAAAGAAAAGAUAAUAAGACUGCUGACAACGGAUGAAGAAUCCAGUGACGGGCAAAACAUUUCUUUUAUUCCCAUUGUAGGCAUGGGAGGUUUGGGGAAAACAACUCUUGCUCAGCUUGUAUAUAACGAUGACAGGAUGAAUCAGACUUUCGAAACUAAAAUAUGGGUUUGUGUGACGGACAAUUUUGACAUCAAGAGGAUUUUCAGAGAAAUAGUGAUGUCUCAAAUGUCUAAAAAAAUAAUUGGCCAUGAUGCCAACUCUAUCUCCGUCGACAAACUAGAAACCCAUGCUAAGGAUAUCCUGGCACAAAAAAGGUUUUUACUUGUCCUAGAUGAUUUAUGGACGUACAACCAUGUGGAUUUGGAGCCCCUUGAAAAAAUCUUAGUUCAAGGCGGCAGGGGAAGCAAGGUUCUGGUGACUAGUAGGAUCUCAGAAAUUUCAAAUCUCAAGUAUUCAAAAUCCGCUUAUUUUCUGCAAUGUUUGGGUGAUACUGAAUCAUGGUCGUUGUUUCAAAACAUAGCAUUCAAAGAACACCUUUUGACAGGUCGUGUACGUGAGGAGUUGGAAGUGUAUGGAAAAGAAAUUGUGAGCAAGUGCAAAGGUUUACCUCUGGCAGUGAAACAAAUGGGAGGUCUGCUAUGUGGGAAUACUGAUGUAAAUCGAUGGAAGAAUAUCAAGUCAAGUCAAACAUGGGAAGUAGGGGAUGAUAGAGUACUGCCUGCUCUUAGAUUGAGUUACGAUCAUCUGCUACCAAAUCACAAGCAGUGCUUCGCAUACUGUUCCUUGUUCCCAAAGGCUUAUGUUUAUGAAAAGGAUGAAUUGGUCAAACUAUGGAUGGCAGAAGCAUUAAUUGAGCCUAAUAAUAGAGAAAGAACAGAAGUCAUCGGAAGCACAUACUUGAAGGAGCUGUCAAACAGGUUCUUUUUUGAGCGCGAAGAUGAGACAAAGUAUAGGAUGCAUGAUGUUAUCCAUGACUUGGCACAAGAGAUCUCCAGUCCCUUCUGUUGCCAAGUGAAGGAUAAGAAAGAUAUUAUGACACCGAAUUUCAAUGAAAAAUCUCGCCAUGUAUCACUGCUUUCAGAAGAAAUUGAGCAACCUACUUUGGAGAUAAUCAAAAAGUCAAAGAAGCUGCGGACACUUAUAUUGCCUGUUCAACACUUGAAAGCCUUUGGGAAAGUGCAGCAUGAAAUAUUCCAUUCACUGAGGUAUAUGCGCACCUUAGACCUGAGUUCAAGCACAAUUCAAACACUCCCAGAGUCUAUUGAAAAGCUGAGGCUUUUGCACUAUCUUGAUUUAUCAAAAACUGAAAUCACAGCACUUCCCGACUCAAUAUGCAAACUGUACAAUUUGCAGACGUUGAAACUUCUGCAGUGCCCUUGGCUUUUCAAUUUGCCCACAAACCUCAAAACUCUUGUCAAUUUGAGACAUCUGGAGCUAGAUGAAAUGUUCUGGUAUAAGGCUUCGAUGCUUCCACGAAGCAUUGGGUGUCUAACCAGUCUGCACAAUUUACACAAAUUUCAGGUUAGCUUUUCUUUUACAUUUGUUGUUGCCUUGCUGAACUUGGGACCUUUGACCUUGCACUGCCAUCUGACUGAAAGUCUUAUUAAUAAUAACAAUAAUGAUGGAUCUCAGGUUGGCUGCAAAACCGGAUACAAACUUGAAGAAUUGAAGAAUAUGGAGUACCUUACAGGAACGCUGCACAUAUCAAAGCUAGAAAAUGCAACAAAUGCAGAGGAGGCUAACUUGAAGGAAAAAGAAUUGAUUGAAAAAGUGAUAUAUGAAUGGAGCAACAGUGAUCUUAAUUUGCAAGAUGAAGCCACUGAAAAGCAGGUACUUGAAGACAUACAACCUCACUCAAGGGUCAAAGAGCUCCAAAUCUGUCACUACAGGAGCACUGAAUUUCCAAUUUGGAUGAGAGGCAGACAGCUCCAGAAUUUAGUUAACAUUGAGUUGAAUCAUUGCACAAGGAUCACAAUCCUCUCUCUGGGUGAGUUACCCCACCUUAAAGAAGUCAUUCUCAACAAUAUGCUAGAGUUGAAGGAAUGGCAAGAAGAGACUUAUCAAUCCUUAGAGGUGGAUAAAUGGAAAGAGGAGACGUACCAGCCCCUCAGAAUUCUGAAGAUAAGUGGCUGCCCAAAGCUGACAAAAUUACCCUGCUGUCUCUCUAAGUUAACUGUUCUGGAAAUCACAAGGUGUGAAUCUUUGGAAACUAUUCCAUUUGGCCCAGUGAUGUUUAUAACACUUGUUGACAAUCCUGUACUAAAGCACUGGACCAGAGAAGAUCUUGAAGUGACAAUAAUAUCUGAUGAUGGUGAAAGGCAAAGGGUUACUGCAGACCUAAGUUCAUUCAGUGCACAAAUGAUCAAUGUGAAAAUUAUCAAUUGCCCUGAGUUGAAUGCAUUGCCGAGAGACCUUUAUCCGCAGAAACUGGAAAUAGGUGGGUGUAGGUCCUUGAGUGACCUCCCAGACGAAGACCAUUCAGUACGGCUUCAGCAUUUAGCACUGGAUGCAUGUCAUGAAGAUACACUGGUCACAAGGAUACCUGCCGCCAGCAUUUUACAGUCAUUGGUCAUUUCAAAUAUUACAAAUCUCAUCUGUCUUCCAACAUGGCCCUCUCUUCCCAGCCUCCAAGCACUGUAUAUCCGUGACUGUGAAGAUCUAGAGUAUCUGUCCAGCCAAGAAAACAGGAUGUUUGAACGCUUCACCUGUCUCAAAGUACUCUCCAUCCAGAACUGCCCUAAGCUUGUGGCACUGCCAGUUGAAGGGCUACCAACGUCUCUUCAAUACUUGCGAAUUGGCUCAUGUGCAAUGCUCCAGUCAUUUGGCCCCCCGGAUGUACUCCAGAAACUCGGUUCCCUCAAUGAUCUUUACAUUGAAGAUUGCCCUGCACUCCUGUCCUUGCCAGAUAAUGGCCUGUCAACAGCUCUCCUUCAUCUAUCUAUUAAACAAUGCCCCUUACUGAUAGAAAGAUGUGGACAGGAAGAUGGUGAUUUGCCAAAGAUCAGGGACAUCCCCGAUCUGGAAAUCCAAAAACCAACGACCGGACGUCCAACUUCAGCAGCUUUGUACCAUCUUCCUAGGAUCUGUGGAGGACACAGUUCUUAAAAUGGAGUGCUGCCGAGCUUCUGGAAUUGCAAGACAGGAAAGUGAAGCUGGACGGAGGGCUCGAGUAUGUAUGGCAGCAAAAAGAGGUUGAAAGGGUCGAAGGAAACAACUGCUUACAUUUACCUUCCAUUUUUCCCUUUAAUUUGUUUGAUGAGGGAUUUAUCUUGUUUAUAAGGAUAAUAAGUGUCUUUUAUUUUUAUUUAGCGUGCAAGGGCGUGAUGGCCUAGCCUCCUACUGGGUUCCAGCCAUCAAAAACAAAAAAACAAAAACAAAAAAAAAAAAAUCAAAUAAGCAUCACUCCUACCUACUCCAGAAAGGGGCCUUUAAUUAUUUUUCUUUCCUAGUUCUGUAAUGAUAAAGUACCUUCCUACACAUGAUGGAAGGGGUUUCUCUUUCUUUGAUGUGUAACAAUGAGUUUCCUUUCUACA